AUGCCGUCAGAAACUUUCACGCGUGCGGAAGUCGCGAAGCACAACACCGAGGAUUCCCUCUGGUGCAUCAUCGACCACCAAGUCUAUGAUCUGACCGAUUUUAUCGACGCCCACCCCGGUGGUGCUGUCGUGCUCGCUCAGGUUGCUGGCCAGGACGCAACAUCCGAUUUCUACAACCUGCAUCGCCAGGAGGUGCUGGAGAAAUACCGUGACCAGCUUUGCAUUGGUACCAUUGAAGGCGAAAAGCCCGAGGUCAUCUUGCCCUUCCCUGGAGCUUUGAGCCCCGUGCCCUACGCAGAACCCCUAUGGCUGCGACCACAGUUCAAAUCCCCCUACUACAAGGAGACACACCGACGCCUGCAAAAGGCCAUCCGGGAAUUCACUGAUAAAUAUGUGACUCCCGAAGCGCAAGAGAAGGAGCAGGAUGGCACCUACAUCAGCCAGGAGCUAAUCAACCGCAUGGCCGAGACGAACAUUCUGGCUAUGCGACUGGGUCCUGGAAAGCAUCUACACAACCGCACCUUGCUCGGUGGAGUUGUGGAUGGAAAGGAGUUUGAUUAUCUCCACGAUAUGAUCAUAGUACAGGAGUUGGUUCGUGCCAAUGCCAGAGGCUUCCAGGAUGGCAAUAUGGCCGGUAUGGCUAUUAGUUUGACAGCUGUCCAGCAAUGGUUGCAUGACCCUGUGCUCAAGCAGCGCCUCAAUGACGAGGUCUUGUCGGGCCAGAAGAAGAUGUGUUUGGCAAUCACGGAGGCCUUUGCUGGUAGCGAUGUGGCGGGUCUGAAGACUACUGCAGAGAAGACUCCUGAUGGGAAACAUUAUAUCGUCAACGGAACAAAGAAAUGGAUCACGAACGGCAUGUUCGCCGACUACUUUGUCACUGGCUGCCGUACCGAGAAGGGAUUCUCGGUGCUCUUGAUUCCUCGCGGCGAGGGUGUUGAGACUAAGCAAAUCAAGACCUCAUAUUCGACUGCCGCUGCCACUGCUUUCGUGCAGUUUGAGAAUGUCAAGGUUCCAGUUCAGAACCUCCUGGGUGAGGAGCACAAGGGUUUCAUCGUUAUCAUGAGCAACUUCAACCACGAGCGCUUUAUGAUGGUCGCUGCCGUGGUACGAAUGUCAAUGAUGGUUGUGGAAGAGACAAUGAAAUGGUCCAACCAGCGCAUCGUCUUUGGCAAGAAGUUGAUUGAACAACCAGUGAUUCGUCAGAAAAUCGCUCGCAUGAUUUCCCUCGCCGAAUCUAACCAGGCAUGGCUUGAAUCCAUCGCCUACCAGAUGUGCAACAUGACAUACGCCCAGCAAGCGAAGCACCUGGGUGGACCUAUCGGACUGCUUAAGUCACACUGUACCCAAGCCGCAGGUGAGAUUGCCAGUCUUGCUACGAACAUCUUUGGUGGUCGUGGUAUCACUCAGUCAGGAAUGGGAAGGGUCAUCGAGAUGUUUCAUCGCACAUACAAGUUCGAUGCCAUCUUGGGUGGAACUGAGGAGAUUUUGGCGGAUUUGGGAGUGCGGCAGGCAAUGAAGAAUUUCCCGAAGUCGAUGUUAUAG